UCCUCGGGGAUCCUUCCCAACGAGAGGAUCCGCAACAUCGGCAUCUCGGCGCACAUCGACUCCGGGAAGACGACGCUGACGGAGCGGAUCUUGUUCUACACGGGCAGGAUCGCGCAGAUGCACGAGGUGAAAGGCAAGGAUGGAGUUGGAGCUGUGAUGGACUCCAUGGAGCUGGAGCGCCAGCGUGGGAUCACCAUCCAGUCUGCAGCAACAUACACCAUGUGGAAGGACACCAACAUCAACAUCAUAGACACGCCAGGACAUGUGGACUUCACAAUUGAAGUGGAGAGGUCUCUGAGGGUUCUCGAUGGAGCUAUUCUGGUUCUCUGUGCUGUUGGAGGAGUUCAGUGCCAGACAAUCACUGUGAACAGGCAGAUGAAACGUUACAGUGUGCCAUUCCUCACGUUCAUCAAUAAACUGGACAGAAUGGGCUCUAGUCCAGCCAGAGCAGUGCAACAAUUGAGAUCCAAGUUAAAACACAACGCAGCUUUUGUCCAGAUUCCAAUUGGCCUGGAGGGAAACUUUAAAGGAGUUAUAGAUCUUAUAGAAGAGAGAGCUAUAUAUUUUGAUGGUGCACUUGGCCAGACCCUGCGGUACGAGGAGAUCCCAGCUGAGCUCAGAGCUGAGGCUGCCGAGCGGAGGCGGGAGCUGAUCGAGUGUGUGGCCAACUCGGAUGAUCAGCUGGGGGAGCUGUUCCUGGAGGAAAAGAUGCCUACAGCUGCCGAGUUAAAGCUUGCAAUCAGGAGAGCAACACUGAAGAAAGCCUUUACCCCAGUGCUGGUGGGAAGUGCUCUAAAGAACAAGGGAGUGCAGCCACUGCUGGAUGCUGUCCUGGAAUACCUCCCCAAUCCAUCAGAGGUGGAGAACUAUGCUAUUCUUAACCAGGGGGAUUCUGAGGACAAAACCAAGUUCCUGUUGAACUCUGCUCGAGACAAUUCCCAGCCUUUUAUAGGCCUUGCUUUUAAAUUGGAGGCUGGCCGUUUUGGGCAGCUCACCUACCUCCGGGUGUACCAGGGGAUGCUGAGGAAGUCUGAUUACAUCUAUAACACACGGACUGGCAAGCGGGUGCGUGUGCAGAGGCUGGUCCGGAUGCACUCAGACAACAUGGAGGAUGUAAAUGAAGCGUAUGCAGGAGACAUAUGUGCCCUGUUUGGGAUUGAUUGUGCCAGUGGGGAUACAUUCACUGACAAAACCAGCACUGACAUUUCCAUGGAAUCGAUUCACAUCCCUGACCCUGUCAUUUCAGUAGCUAUGAAGCCCUCCAACAAGAACGACUUUGAUAAAUUUUCCAAAGGCCUGAGCCGCUUCACGAGGGAAGAUCCCACCUUCAGGGUCCAUUUUGAUGAGGAGAGCAAAGAGACCAUUGUUUCAGGAAUGGGGGAACUGCACUUGGAAAUCUAUGCCCAGCGAAUGGAAAGGGAAUAUGGCUGCCCUUGCACCAUGGGGAAGCCAAAAGUUGCCUUCAGGGAGAACAUCUCUGCCCCCGUGCCGUUUGAGUUUACCCACAAGAAGCAGACGGGUGGAGCGGGCCAGUAUGGCAAAGUGAUCGGUGUUCUGGAGCCCCUGGACCCAGAGAACUACACAAAAUUGGAGUUUGAAGACAGAACCGUUGGCACAAAUAUCCCCAAACAAUUUAUACCAGCUGUUGAGAAGGGCUUCCGAGAAGCAUGUGAGAAGGGCCUGGUGUCAGGGCACAGGAUCUCCGGGGUGCGGUUCGUCCUGGAUGAUGGGGCACACCACAUGGUGGACUCCAACGAGUUCUCCUUCAUCAGAGCAGGAGAAGGAGCCCUGAAGCAAGCCAUGGAGAACGCCAGGGUGCGCAUCCUGGAGCCCGUCAUGUCGGUGGAGGUGAUGGCACCCACGGAAUUCCAGGGAGCAGUGAUCGCUGGGAUUAACCGCCGGCACGGCGUGAUCACCGGGCAGGACGGCCUGGAGGGGUACUUCACACUCUAUGCUGAGGUGCCACUGAAUGAUAUGUUUGGAUAUGCCACCGAGCUGAGGUCUUGCACAGAGGGAAAGGGUGAAUACACAAUGGAAUACUGUAAAUACCAGCCGUGUUCCCCCAGCACCCAAGAGGAAAUCAUUAACAAAUACCUCGAAGCAACGGGGCGACUUCCUGCAAAAAAGGGCAAAGCCAAGAACUGA